AAUUUUUUGGAAAAUCGGCCAAAUGAUGAUUGUUGAUGAACAAUUCAUAAACACCGUAUUUGUAGUUGAACCACACGUGCUUUUUUCUGAUGAUAAUUUUUUUUAAUGAUAACUAAAUGUUUAAAAAAAUGGCAACGAAAGAUAACGAGGAAUUUAUCACCGAAUCUGAACUUGGUACCAAACAAUAUUGGGAUCAAUUUUAUGAUGAGGAAUUGACUAAUUUCAUCGAUUUUGGUGAUUCGGGUGAAACAUGGUUUGGUACACGGAAUACACGCAAAAUUAUCGAUUGGGUUAGCGAAAAUCACGCAAAAAAUGAUGCUAUCUGUGAUAUUGGCUGUGGUAAUGGCUUCGUAUUAGCUCAAUUGGCUCAACGAAAUUUCUCCAAUUUAUACGGAUUAGAUUAUUCCGAAAAAGCUAUUGAAUUUUGUCAAAAACAACAUAAUCGAUCAAACAUUCAUUUUAAAGUAGUAAAUAUCUUAGAUGAUAGCUUUCAAACUGAUCAGAAAUUCGAUGCUAUCAUCGAUAAAGGUACAUAUGAUGCGAUUUGUUUGAUGCCAAAUACAGAUAUUCAUGAAAAUCGAAAGAAAUAUCUGAAAUUCUUAUGUGAUAAUCUCAAGAAUGAGGGCCAUUUUAUUAUAAUUACAUGUAAUUUUACAAAAGAAGAAAUCUUUGCUUUUUUAUCAAUUUCAAACAAUGUUUACAACAUAAACAAUUUUCAUUUUACACAUGAAUUCGAUACACCCACUUUAUCAUUUGGUGGUCAUAUUGGUAAACAGAUUACUGGACUAAUAUUUAGGAAAAAAAUUCAAUAAAAUCAAUCCCAAUUUAUUGUUUUUCUUAUGGUGAAUACAGACAAUGCUGGACUAUUUCGUAUAACAUCAAGUGCCCAUUUAUAUGGUACACAU